AUGGACGGCUUUGACGAGGAAGCAUUCAAACAGUUUUUUCCUUCCGGCUUCGGCAAGCAGGAGAAGACGGUUGACGUCGACUCUCAGAUCAACCGCUCGAAGCGCGCCGAGGUCUCCGCGCAGCCGAAACCGCGAGAGGACGAGGGUGAUGGGAAAGAAUUGACCGUCGAUGAUCCCGCUCUCGAGGCGGAAGAGCGCCUCGACGAGCGCAAAGAAAGCGAUGAUGAUGACGAUGAUGAUGACUCUGACGAUUCCGACGACGAGGACGACUUCCCCGUGUCUCACGAGCUUGUUCUCAAAACCCAUGAGCGCGCAGUGACUACAAUGACUGUAGACCCUUCCGGGGCGCGAUUAAUCACUGGCUCAAUCGACUGCACCUUGAAGCUUCACGAUUUUGCUUCAAUGACGCCUUCCACAAUCCGCGCGUUCAAAUCUGUCGACCCUUCGGCGAAGAAGACCGCUGCUGUGCAGGAUACCCAUGCUGUCCACUACGUUGCAUUCAAUCCGAUCUCGCCGGCCUACGUUUUAGCGGUACCAGCGACAGCUCAGCCUCGAGUUCUCAGUCGUGAUGGUGAAACUCUGGUGGAAUUCGCGAAAGGGGACAUGUACUUGCGGGAUAUGCACCAUACGAAAGGUCACAUCUCAGAAGUUACCACCGGUGCCUGGUGCCCCACGGAUGAGAAUCUGUGCGCUACUGCCGGGACAGAUAGUACGGUGCGCAUCUGGGAUGCCAAUGUGGGCCGCUCGCAAAAGGAAGUCAUUGUGCAUAAGUCCCGGGCUGCUGGGUCCGCUGGCCGCACCAAGAUGACUGCUGUCGCAUGGGGCUCACCAAAGCAGGGCGGGUCGAAUGUUCUUAUUGGUGCGGCUCUUGAUGGCAGUUUGGCUCUGUGGAGUGGCAAUGGGCCGUUUACGCGGCCGAGCGCUGAAGUGCGGGAUGCGCACACGCGAGAUACUUGGACCAGCGGUUUGGAUAUCAGCUUCGAUGGACGACUUGUUGUCAGCAGGGGCGGAGAUGACACGAUCAAGCUCUGGGAUACUCGGAAGUUCAAGAUUCCGAUCACCACAGUCACACAUCCCUCAACAUCCUCCCGCUACCCUUCGUCCAACAUCCAGUUCUCCCCUACAUCUGCGAAUGUCAUCACGGGCUCAGAAACCGGCCAUCUACACAUCCUGAACCCGGCCACGUUGAAGGCAGAGCUGAUUACUCCCGUCACGCCUGGAUCGCCGGUGAUCUCGGUUUUAUGGCACGAGAAGCUCAACCAAAUCUUGACCGGCUCCGCCAAUGCCGAAACCCACGUGCUCUACAACCCGACCAUGUCUACAAAGGGCGCGGCUCUGGUGAUGUCCAAAGCGCCCAAGCGCCGCCAUGUGGAUGAUAGCGCGAGCUUCACCACUGAUGUAUCCCAGGGUCUCUCCGGCGACUCGGUGGUGGUCGGCACCAACGGCGUGCCUCAUUACAGCUCGGCAACCUGGUCUGCACGACAUCCCACUGUUGGUCUGACAGCCUCGGGCCGUUCUCGCGAUCCCCGUCGGCCACAUGUUCCGCAACAGACCCCGUUUGGCAAGUCUACGCCCGAUGAAAAGCACAUCCGCGAGAACAUCCCUCUGAGCUCCAUGCGCGACGAAGAUCCGCGCGAGGCGCUGUUGAAGUACGCGGAAAAGGCGCAGAAAGACCCCAUCUUCACCAAGGCAUACCAGGAAACACAACCAAAGGCGAUCUAUGCCGAGCUCAGCGAUGAGGAGGAACCCGAGCCGGAGAAGAAGAAAGCCCGGCGAUGA